AUGGCCAUGGUCAUAGUGGGAGCAGCAUACAGCCUCGGAACUCCCUCAGCUACCCUAAAAACCAAUGACGAUAAGGAUGCUCUGUUGUUUGGUUGGACGAAUCAGUUCUUGGCUCUCGUUGCUAUUGGUCUUGGGAAGGUUGCCCUUGUCGUUUUUAUAAACCAUCUCCAGAAACACGAAGUAAAGUACAAGAGGGUGUUCCUUUGGUUUAUUGCCGGAAGCAAUUUCAUCGUCAAUAUGAUUGCUGCUGUUUUGGUCUCUGUUCAGUGUUCCCCUGCAAAGAAGCUAUGGGAUGAACGGAUACCCGGACAUUGUCCUGGGCGGAAAGGAGUUCAGGUCUUCGGAUAUAUUCAGGGACGUGAGUAG